CCUUUAAUUUAAAUGUUUGUGGUUAUGUUUGGCCAGUGCUAUUUUAAAUAAACAAUUCUGAAUUAAUUAAUGUUUGUGUAUUUGCUGCGAUGUCGAUAAGAAACUGUUGCAGUUUGUUCAAACACAUCACCACCUUCAAGGGUUCCCUCAGCAAUAAAUUCCAUACAAGUGUUCGACUUAAUCAGCUGCACAAUACAUCCGAUAAGCAAUCGCUGAAGCACAAGAUCAGGUCCACUGUUUAUUAUGUAACUGCUGCUGGUGUCUUGACUGUGGGAUUGAGUUAUGCAGCAGUUCCCCUGUACAGGAUGUUCUGUCAAGCGUACAGUUAUGGUGGCACCACGUCCACAGGUCAUGAUGUCUCCAAAGUGGAGACAAUGGCCUCAGUGAAGAACAGACCAAUCAGGAUAAAGUUUAAUGCAGAUAUAGCGGCGAGCAUGAGGUGGAACUUUAAGCCACAGCAGCAUGAAAUCACAAUAAUCCCAGGAGAGACAGCUUUGGCCUUCUACACAGCCAAAAACCCAACAGACAAACCAGUCACUGGUAUCAGCACAUACAAUGUGAUUCCCUUUGAAGCUGGACAAUAUUUUAAUAAAAUCCAGUGCUUCUGUUUUGAGGAGCAGCAGUUGAAUCCACAUGAACAGGUCGACAUGCCGGUAUUCUUCUACAUUGACCCGGAAUUCGUGGAGGAUCCGAAAAUGGAGUUCAUCGAAGAGAUUAUAUUGUCGUACACGUUCUUCGAGGCAAGAGAAGGCCUGAAGUUGCCGGUGCCGGCAUUCGCGCGAUGACAUGGAGUUUAAAUAAAUAUUUAUUUAAUUGUUAGACAACUACAAAGAGAAUUUACUAAAGCGUUUGAUGAGACGAUUG